GCGCCGUCCCUCCGCAGAAACAACGGCUCGCAGCAGUCGUUCUGUCCGGUGUGUGUGUGUUUGUUUUGCCCGUGAGAUCCACGAAUAUGGAGCCCGGAGAGGCCACCGAGGGGGAGACGCCCGGCUCUCUGUCGGUGGCGCAGAGGAGGGCCGAGAUCCGGAGGAGGAAGCUGCUCAUGAACUCCGAGGACCGGAUGAACCGAAUCGUCGGCUUCACCAAGCCCGAGAAGGAAAACAACGCCGCGGCGCUCCUGCGUCCCACGGAGCCCCGGUUCCACCUGGACCUGGACCGGACCGAGCCGUGGUCGCCCUCCCAGAGGCCGUCCCCCUUCCUGUCGGAGGCCUCGGGGCUCAUCAGUCGCUCCCGCGGCUCCACGCCAGAGCGGAGGGGCUCGCCGGGGCCGGACUCCGGCGAGCCGGCGGGCGACGGCGUCGGGGGGAUCCGACAGAGGCCGAGAGGGGAGCGGGGCCCGGCGGACGACAUCGGCGGCUCCCCGCACCGAGGCCUCCAGAAGUACCUGUCCCGCUUUGACGACGCCAUGAAACUGCGCGGCCAGCUGGCCAACGAGAAGCCGGCGCAGGACGGGGCGCCCGAGGCGGACGAGUUCGAUCCCUUCCGACUCUUCCGGCUCAUCGGCAGCGUCCUGCUCGCCGUUUUCGCCAGAGGCUUCGUCUGCACGUUCCUGUCGAUAUUCGCUCCGUUCCUGACCCUCGAGCUGGCCUACAUGGGGCUCUCCAAAUACUUUCCAAAGGUCGAGAAGAAGGCUCAGACCACCGUGCUGACCACCGCCCUGCUGCUGUCCGGCAUCCCCGCCGAGGUCAUCAACCGCUCCAUGGACACCUACCGGAGGAUGGGCGACGUCUUCGCCGACCUCUGCGUUUACUUCUUCACCUUCAUCCUCUCGCACGAGAUCCUGCUGCUCGUCGGCUCAGAGACUGCCCUGGUGGACCCGGGAGGAUCUCCGUAAACCCCCGCCCCCCUUUCUUGUCGCCCCCAACGAGUCCACGCUGGCUCACCAUCAGGGCCGCGCGUCCAGGAUUCCACUCGUGCUAAGCUACAUUUGACCGUAGAGUCUAGAGGUUGUUGUUUUAGGGGAAAGCUGCUUAUGAAGUAAAAUAAAAUAAAAAAAUGUAUGUGAAUUGAUAUUAUAAUUAAUGAUUAAUUCUAAUUAAUCAGCGUAAAGCUUUUUUCCCGUGGUGCAUGAUAUCGUCACCUCUGCACCUCAACCGGUGGAUGGCCACCGAUGGCACCAACGCAAAGUUUCCUCUUUUAUUUUAAACAAAAGUGUAAUUACAUAAAAGGGUUUUGCAACAUUUGAACAUUUUAUUUCUGAAUUUAUUCUCAGAAUUCAGAUUUUUUUUUCUCAUUCUUUUGUUAAUAUGUGUUCAAAACAUCUCACAAUUUUAUUUAUUUAUUGUUUAUCUAACUGUGGCCCUCCUCUUUGCCACGUAUGACCUAGAAAGAAGAGAAUACAGCACUUACAGUAAAAUAUUUAAGGACGAAAGACACAUUUCUUGUGGGGAACAUUUCCACAUCCGAUUCCGUCAGUGGGAGAUCAAAAGAGGAUUUCAGUAAUGUUCCGUGUUUUACGUCGUGACGGAUUUCCUCACGUUGACGUUGCGUUAAGUCUCUCUUCCUUUUUUUUUUUUUUGGUGUUUUUAAAAAAUAAAAGUGUUUUCUUUUGCGCUUAAAAACGCAGGAAGCUUCAAACAGAGGUGUGUUUAGUUUGUGUUGAGUAGUUCAGGUGACGUGUUCCUGCUUCAUACAUGUUCCAUAUAUACUCUCUUCCUGUGCGGUAGCGUUGUCUCUCUCUCUCUCUCUCGAUAUAUUUCAUCCUGCGACUCGUCUGACCGACUCGAUUGUUUUUGACAACGUUUACAGGAUCUUUACUUCAGUGUCGACGUGAUGUAAACCGCCUCAAAGACGGGAACGAGUAACGGGACGAUUCAAACCAAAUAAAUACGACUACUUGUGUGACGUCA